AUGAGUGAAGUUGUUGCUCUUGUGAUCGACAAUGGUUCUGGAAUGUGUAAAGCUGGUUUUGCUGGUGAAGACGCUCCUCGUGCUGUCUUUCCUUCAAUUGUGGGACGUCACCAUAAGGGCAGGUUUAGUUCUACUUGCAAGUACAAUUUUGUUGGCGAUCAAGCUCAAAUUAUGCGUAGAAUUUUGUCUAUCAAAUAUCCCAUUAAACGUGGAAUUAUUACGAAUUGGGAUGAUAUGGAGAGAAUCUGGCAUCACACAUUCUACAAUGAAUUACGUCUUGAGCCUAUGGAACACGCUGUAUUAUUGACUGAGGCUCCAAAUAACCCAAAGGCUAAUCGGGAAAAGAUGACUGAAAUUAUGUUUGAGACAUUCAAAAUCCCGUCAAUGUAUGUUGCAAAUCAAGCGGUGCUUUCAUUAUACGGUUCUGGUCGUACUACUGGCGUUGUUAUCAACUCCGGAUAUGAUGUCACUCAUAUAGUUCCAGUUUAUGAAUGUUAUGCAAUUUCUCCUGCUAUUCUCCAUCUCGACUUUGCUGGCAAUGAUUUAACGGAUUAUUUAAUGAAAGUUGCUUUUUUAUCAUUUUUAUUCAAUAAAUCAGUUUUUAAAAAGAUUAUCAACGAGCAUAGUAGAUAUUCGGUUAUUAAAACUACUGAGCGGGAAAUUGUUGGAAAAAUUAAAGAGAAGCUUUGUUAUGUUGCAUUAGAUUUUAAACAGGAAAUGUCAAAGGCGGCUUCUUCCUUGGAGAAAAAAUAUGAAUUGCCUGAUAAAGAUGUGAUAACUAUUGGAAAUGAAUGUUUUCGAUGUCCCGAGGCACUCUUUCAGCCUUCUUUCCUCGGAAUGAACAUGAAUGGCAUUCAUGAGACUUGUUUCAAUUCGAUUAUGAAAUGUGACAAAAGCCUCAGUAAAGAAUUGUUUGCAAAUAUUGUUCUUUCUGGUGGAACAACAAUGUAUCCUGGGAUUUCUGAUCGUAUGAAAAAGGAGCUCACUGAUCUCACACCGCGAACAAUGAAUAUUAAUAUUAUAGCUCCUCCAGAUCGUAAAUAUACUGCUUGGAUUGGGGGUUCCGUUCUUGCAUCACUUCCUACAUUUCAAAACAUGUAUGUACUUUCGGUCAUUUACUUUGUCAUUUUCUAAUAAAGAAGAUCCACUCCAAAAAUUGGGUAGUUCUGUAGCUUUAAAUAUGUACCGUAUACCUGUAUUA